AUGGCAGCUAGAUUGCAAGGAUUGAUUCGUUCUAAUGGGCUUGCAGCCGGAGCCGCUGCGGUCGCUGCUGCUUCCACAGCAAAGGUGACCUUUUUGGACGAGGAUGAUGUUGUCCACCCUCCUCAUUUCCCAUGGCGUCACACUGGAUACUUCUCCUCCUUCGAUCACGCGGCUCUUCGUCGUGGGUUCCAAGUAUACCGCGAGGUUUGCGCCUCUUGCCACUCCCUACACUUGAUUCGCUUCCGUGAGUUGGUCGGUGUUACCCACACCAACGAAGAGGUCAAGCAAAUGGCCUCCGAUGUUGAUGUUAUGGAUGGACCCAACGAAGAAGGUGAAAUGUUCGAACGUCCAGGAAAGCCGUACGAUACCCUUCCAUCUCCCUACCCCAAUAAGGAGGCCGGACGAGCUGCCAACGGUGGUGCUUACCCUCCUGACUUGAGUUUGAUGGUCAAGGCGAGACACUCUGGUCACGACUAUGUCUUUGCUUUGCUCACUGGAUACUGUGAACCCCCUGAAGGAAAGGAAAUGAUGCCCGGUCUUCACUACAAUCCUUACUUCCCCGGAGGUGCCAUCUCCAUGCCCCCACCACUUAGUGAUGGAGGUGUUGAGUACGAUGAUGGAACUGUCGCCACUAUUUCGCAGCAAGCUCGUGAUGUUGUUCAGUUUCUACACUGGACCUCCGAACCCGAGUCUGAGGACCGCAAGAAGAACGCAUGCAAGUACUUGACUGUUGUUGCAUUCAUGGCCCUCAGUGCUGGAUACUACAAGCGUUGGAAGUGGAGUCCACUCAAGACCAGACAAAUCUCAUACGUCAAGGGUAUCGGAGGUGCCGGCCGCUAA